AUGUUGGAGAAGGGUGCCGCGACGCCGCCAGGGUCGGGUCCGUCGUCGCCCACGUCCAGUGAGGCCUCGCUCCAAGUGGAGCGCAAGAAGGCGGCGGAGCAGGUUCGGGCCAACAUUGAGAAGUUCGUGGACGGACUCAUGAGCGAGAAGUACACCCUGGCACAGCUGCUGAAUGACAGCUUUUCGCUUGAGAUGCUGGAGCUGCUCUUCAAGCGCAUGACUGGCCGACUGCGUGGUAUUAUCUUCUCGAGGGAGAAGACGCUCGAAUUUAUCCGCUUGGCGCUGGACGCGAGUUAUCCGAGACACACACGGGCCAUGGCCGCGCAAUUCAUCGUCGUAGGUGGCGCUGUGAACGCCAUCGCGGCCUGUGAACCGGGGAAACCGCACCAAUGCUCCGAAUUCUGGGACUCGAUAUUUGACACGCUACAGCGCGAGGCCGACGGCGUCUCGUCCAAGUGCGACACCCCACUACGACGCAAGGAGCGCCUGGCCUCAGUGGCCGAGCUGGAGGAGCUCAUUCAAGUGGCCGUGCAGGUCUUUGAAAAAGAUGGUGCUGAGACACUACAACAGAGUUUUGCCGAGCAUCAGGAGGAGAAUGAAGGAGACCCAGAGGAGCUGGCCAGACGACGCAAGUCCUCGGCCAGGUCGUCGCUUGGAGCUGAUGCAGACGCAGCCCAGAUCAAGGCCAUUGUCGCCGAGAUUUCAGGCGUGACGGAGAGGGACGAGGACUCGGACUCGGACGAACCAGAUGAUACAGGGAUCCCGGCCCCCUUGACAACCGAAGUGAAUGAGACGGCCAUGUACGGAAUCUUCAGCCACGACUCGGCCAACUUCGCGUCGCAGGUGCUACGGUACUUUGCCAUCCGAGGACAGAAAGGUGCGUGUAUCUUGCAUUUCUUAGCGGAGCACCCGGCCACCGUGGAUAUGCUGCUGGCCAACAUUGGCCACGACGAUAUUCGCACUUUGCUGCUGCACCUCAUCUACGCCGAGCACUCGGAGGCGGCCAUCACGUCGCUGUUCGAAACGCACAUGAUGCAGAAGCUGAUUCAGAAACAGGUGACUUUUUCCCCGCCUCGCAACGCCUUCGAGCGUGACUGCAUUGAAAACACCUUCAUGUUGCUGCGUGAGAUUGUGCAUGCGCCGUAUUUGACAGGACGCGGCGUGGCCAUCUCGGCCAAGACCAUCCCGCUGGACAAGGUGACAGGCCAGGACGAGUACGUGUCGAUCUGCGGAGCCUCGCGAGAGACGGCCAACUCGGCCCUACGCAAGUACACAUCUCGCAAGGUUCGACGACUCAUCCAUCUGUUUAUGCAGGAGCACCAGGCCGCGUUAGAACUGCUUUUCGUGCAGAUGAUCAAGGAGCUGACGUUCUGGAGUACACCGUUGACCCGGGAGCGACGAGGUAGCGUGGCUUCGCUUGAGUCGUUGAUGCUGCUGUCACAGGGCCAUCCGCGACCGACGUGCAUUACAAUGCUCAUGCAUCUCUUUGAGCUGACGGAGACGGUGGAAUUCACCGAUAAUCGGAACGCUGGCGGCAAUUCCGCUGCUUCGGUGGGCAUUGACUGCCUCAACUUUCUGUGCUCCACUCAUCUCAUGCGAAAGGGAAAUCUGCUGGUGAAAAAGAAGCUGAAAAACGAACUGCAGGUGUGUCAAGUGAGUUUGAACUGCAUGAUGGGACUCCGGACGACAGCAGUGCGUGAAGAUCAGCCGCCCAAGUCGGCCAGUCUGGACCAGGCGUUCACGCCGAAUCUAGGCAACCAGAGUGUCAUUACACUGGACGAGAUGGAGAACGUGCAAAGUUCAGAUUGGCACGAGUUCGGCUUCAGUGUGACUGUGAAGAAGAAGCUUCCCGACGCCAGCAAGAACUCGCCAGCCACACAACACGCAGCUGUGACCCCCGCGAACGCCAUGGUGCAUCACCAACGACGAAUCGGAAAAGAAGACGAAUCCUCGUCGAUGGAAGUCAAGUCUAUUGAGUACUUUGCAGCUUCUUCUGAAGAAGAGAAACAGGCGUGGAUUACUCUGCUGCAGGCUGUGAUUGAUGGCGAUCUGAACGAGCUGGAGAUCUUCUGCAGCGACGACUGGCGUAGCAACGUACGAGAGUAUCGACGACUGCGCGAAUGUCUGAUCACGUGCAUGGAACGCAAGGGACACGAACUGAUGGUUUUCCUCAAGCAAGUGAUCACUUUCAACACUCGCAGAGCGUCUGGUUACCAUCUGUGGUCAGUUGUCAAGUGUCUGAACUCUGUACUGUCUAACGAGUCGAAGCGGUUGGACCGGAUGUUCGUAGGAGCGCACGUGAUCACCACGCUCAUCACGUGCUACGAGAAAUACCCGAUGUGGAACUUGUUGCUGGGCGAGAUUACCAAGAUGCUGGUGUUCUGUAUCGGCGAUUUCAAGAGUAAACGCUCGCGGAAAUGCCCGAUCAUUGGGCGCAUUUUGCAGACCGAAGGCGAAGACGCCAAGCUGGCGCCUUUACUCUGCAAGGUGUAUCUAAACCGCGACGCGAUUGACAGCAACGGCGAACAGGAGUACGACAACUUGGCUGGCACUGAUGCCCUUUCCAACUUGAAGCUGAUCAUGGAAGCCCUGAAGAUGUGUUACAAGGACCCGAAGACGAGGAGUCAGGAGCAUAUCCAGUGCGAAAUGAAGACCAAUCCCGUGUGGAGGAAGCUGGUUAAGGCGUCGGAGGAAUUGGCCAAGAAAGACCCGUUCAGCUGCAUUUUGACGGUCGGAACCCCUCCUGCGCUGUCCCCGGCGGAUGUGUCGAACUCGUCGUCGCCGCCAUUUGGAGCGAAUCCACCCACGCCCCCCACGUUCCAGGAAGAUAUCAUUAACCAGAUUAGUCGACCAAGUUAUUCCACAGCACACGGCUUUGGAUCGUCGUUCCUGGAGGGAGACGGAUGUUCGUUUGGAUACUUGUUCAAAGAGCGACACGGCGGUCGAGAGUGGAAGAAAGCACUUGUAGUGUACGAGUACGGCUCACAUAAACUGUGGUAUUUCUAUCCAAGUGAAGUGGACGAAACACACGCGAUUCAGUGGAAGUGGAUCGUCCCGCUGUCAGUUCGGAGUCGCUACACGCACGGCCAGGACGAGACCCACUCGUCCGUAGGCCACCACGGUCUGUACAUCACAGCCUACGACCAUCAACAAAGCGACGAAGACAGCAAGGUAUCAGCUAAGGAGAUGCAUUUCAGUGUCACUAAACUCGAGGACAGGGAUCUGUGGAAGGACUUGCUGUCCAAUGCGGCCGAUACCAUCCAGAAAAUGGCUCGAGAUUAUUCGGUAUUAUCACAGAAGCUCAAGAAACCGGACAAGAAGACUGUCACUCACUGCCAAGACCCCACAUGCCACACGCCGUUCAAGCUCUUCCGUCGCCCACACUCGUGCAAACGAUGCGGCAAGUGGAUGUGUGCCAAGUGCACGUCACAACGCAUGUCGAUCCCUGAGGUUGGGCUGCUGCAUCCAGUGCGUCAUUGUCGUGAGUGCUUUGAGGAGAACGGUGGCGCUCAUGCAGAGACGGAGCCGUUCAAUCUGUUCCACCUCAAAGAUGCAAGAAAGAACGGCAGUGCAAACGGAGUCGGUGCAAAUGUCGCCGCUUCGUUUGCAGCACAGAAUGGUACACUUUCCAACGCGGAGCUGUACGAGCUCGCACAUGGCAUGGUUUCCCCUCGUACUCUCAUGCAGAUGAACCGGCGGUUGACGAGAUUCAGCUCGAUCGAUUCGCCCACAGGAGGCGAGAACGGUGGCUUCCACGCGGACGAGAUCAAUGCUCCAGGAAGUCUUGGCGCCGAGAAUCUGCCCAAAUUCGCAGACGACGAGGACGACUUCUCCCCCUUCUCGCCGUCUCUGUCACGUCGUAGUCUACUGAAUCCUCGAGAAGAUAUCCGCGGGUAG